AUGCGCUAUAACACGGACGGAGACCUGAUCACGGACGAGCUCGUGGCGAAGAUGUGGCCUGUCCGCGUCCCACCCUCGGCCCAUUCGCAGCUCGACUUCCUGUCCAAGUUUGCUGAAAAGCCAGCUGGUGUCCAGGAGGAAGAAGAGUCCAAAGCAGAUGAGGACGACGACUGGUGGCAAUAUCUUUCUUCGGAGGAGCAAGAGCAGCAGGCCCAGCCUGCUAAUAUCGAAGAUUCAGUUCAACGAUGGCUCGACGCCCCCGAGGAAGAAAGUGUCUCUUUGGUGGAGCCAGAACCCUCCCUCGAAGACCGCCUCGCCAGGCUGACCAUGCCGUCGCCCAUCUCUGUCCCGGAUGUACCGCAGGGCCACCGCUCCCGACAAGCCCUAUCGACAAGCCGCCCUGCUUGGUCCAUCCUCCUCCCCUCCCACCAGAUGAAGCUCGACAGAGACGCCGCGGCCGGUUUCAUCUCGCGGUUCAAGGACGACAACACGGACGACGACGGCGAGACCGCCGGACGACCCUGGGACAACGACUUUGCGCUCGACCCAGCCGCCCGCCACCUCCCCGCCCUCCGUCAAGAUCGCCUGCCCGUCCGGAUCCCGACCCUGGCUGCUCUCGACGCCCAUCUGGACGCCAUGAACAUCCCGCGGUCCGGCUACCACCGCCCGCGCACCGCGCCCUCGCGCUCGUCCGUCUCGGCUUCCGACAAGCAGUCGACGGUGCCAUCGACAGCGCCCACGACCACCGCCAUUUCGAAGGCGUCCAGGAUUCCCGCGCCCGCGAAAAAGGUGCGAACACGCGGUAGACGACACCGCUUCAUCUUCUUCCGCUAG